AUGCCUUGUUUUUUGUUGUUGUUUUUUUUCUUUACUAUUUUUUUAUUCUUUUUCGACUUUCGGUUUUUCGAAUUCACGUCCUUGUCAUUUUGCCACUUUUCUUUCUUUCUUUACUUUUUUUUUCCUUUUCAUUCUUUUUUUGUCCUCCUUUUUGUACCUUGCCGGUCUUGUUUCUUCUUUUAUAUUCACUUUUCUUUCGAAUUUGUUUCUAUUCUUCAUCUAUCAUUCAUUUUUCUUUCCUUUCAAAUGUCUUUUUUAAUUUUUUACCUUUUCCUUUCCUAUUUUAUAUUCUUCUCACUUCCUUUCUCUUCUUCUCUCUUUUCUAUUAUUCUCUCGCUUUUCCUCUUUUCUCUUCAUCUUCCCAUUUUCUCUCUAUAUAUAUAUUUCCUCUCCUUUGCUUCUCUCUUCUUUCACUUCUUUUCUCUUUUUCAUACUCCCUCCCAUCUCUCUCUUUUUCCUUCUCCCACUUAA